CUUGAUCCUAUAACGGGAAACAAGGUAAACAUCGAAGUUUCAAUACAUUUUAGAUGGACGAUGCAGGACCCAGAGCUUACGAGGCCGGACGAGGAUUGGAGGGCACUAGAAGAUCCCUUAGCACGAAGGAAAAUUCAGAAUCGCAUAGCGCAGCGUGCCUAUAGACGCAGCAUGCGCGAAAGAGCAAACAAGAUCGAACAAUUAAAGGAGCAGCUUAGAAUGUAUGAAGCGUCAAGCAGCUCAAACUUGAUCAACACGCGGGACGAGGAAGACCCACGGCAACAGAGCAGCAGCCCGACAACACUAGCAGCUAAUAAUCGGAAUGUUGGAGGCUGGGUUCCUCUGCAUGAAACUACUCUGCCAGUAGAAUCAAACGAAGAAUGGUGUCAAUUAUCACUUCUCGACAACUCUCAGCUCAGCUGCGUGCAAGAGCAAGUCUCGCCAGGUCACAUGAAGCAGCAGUCAGCAAACAGUUCCGGAGGGACACAGCAGCGACUGGAGCGUUGGGCGCCAGCAGACAGCCAAAGGACUAUUACAAGAGCUCAAUUGCCUACACCAAAUCUUACGAUAGAAGGUGGAGUUAGCUCGAGCGGUAGUAGCAUACUGCCGCUGAACGCAGUCGACUUUUCAGCCAAUCUCUACGAGGAUCAAGGUUUUGACAUGACUGAACCACUUAAUGAGAGCACACACUCGAUGUCAUUUCUACAUAUGGCGGUUGCGGGCAAUCACAUAGACACCGUCAAGGUGUUGCUGCAGGACAAAAGGAUAAAGGUCGACGAUGUAGACAGUGGCGGCUUCACACCUUUGCAGCGGGCUAUUAUGCAUGGGAAAUCGGAAAUAGUGAAACUAUUACUAGAGAAGAGUACUAUAGGUGAAUCGGGGACGAAUUCUUGA